ACCCCAAAAAAGAACUUUUGCUGAAACUGCUGGAGGAGAGGUGAAUUCUACCCCUGAAACCAUGGGUCCUGUCAGCUAUUCGUCAGAGACCUAUGACUUGAGCCAGGUGGAGCUGAGCGGUUACUACGAAGCUGAGAACACCACCCCUUCUUUGGAGGGCUACUUUUGCUUCAACCCAGCCUCAUCUGUGGUUGGCGACCAGAGAGACCCCUUCAGAAAGGUCUUCAUGCCCCUCAUCUAUCUGCUAAUGUUCGUGUUGGGGAGCAUGGGCAAUGCCCUCGUCCUAGUCAUUUUAGAGAGGUUCAAGCGGUCUCGCACGACUACAGAAAACUUCCUUUUCCACCUCACCCUGGCCAACCUGGCACUGUUGCUCACCUUCCCCUUCAGCGUGGUGGAGAGCUUGGCUGGGUGGGUAUUUGGGAAGUUCCUCUGCAAGCUCCUCAGUGCUGUCCACAAGAUCAAUUUCUACUGCAGUAGCAUGCUGCUGGGGUGCAUUGCAGUGGACCGCUACUUGGCCAUUAUCUACGCAAUCCACACCUACCGCAAACGCAGAGCUCGCUCCAUCCACCUCACCUGCACAGCUGUCUGGCUCUGCUCGCUGCUUUUGACCUUACCUGAUCUCAUCUUCAUGGAAGUCUGGACUGACGACAGCAACCGCAGCAUUUGCUAUUUUCCGGAGGUCGGAAUCGAUGGCAACAAUGCCUGGCUGGCAACCCGCUUCCUCUACCACACUGUGGGCUUCUUUGUGCCUCUGCUGGUCAUGUGUUACUGCUACACGGCCGUGGUCCGGGCUCUGUGUCAGUCCCAGCGCCUGCAGCGGCAAAAAGCUGUCCGUGUGGCCAUCCUCGUCACAGGGGUCUUCUUGCUCUGCUGGAGCCCAUACCACAUUGUCAUCUUCCUGAACACUCUUACUAAGCUAGAAGCCUUCACCAAGAACUGCCUCUUGGAAGACCAGCUGGACACGGCCAUCAUGGUGACAGAGGCUAUUGGCUUCACACACUGCUGCCUCAACCCCAUCCUCUACGCCUUCAUUGGAGUCAAGUUCCGUAAUGACUUCUUCCGGAUCCUGCAGGAGCUUGGCUGCAUAAGCCAGGAGACCCUGCAGGACAUCCUGGAAGUGGCGAGGAAGGGCAGAGGGAUCGAGUCUGACAAUACCACCUCUAUCUCCACUUUCUAG